GUCAACUUGGCUGAAAAAUGGUGGUAAGCAUUGUUACCUAGGCCAUCGUAGGUUCAUCGACAAGAAUCAUAAAUAUCGAAGAUAUAAGAGAUGGUUUAAUGGUCAGGUAGAGCUUAGGGAAGCACCUCAGCCUCCUACAGGUACUGAUGUGUUAGCACAAUUGGAAAAUGUUGUGUUUCCUGCAUUUGGAAAGGGUUCAACUAAGGAGAAAAAUGCAACCAAAAGGAAGAGAGUUGGAGGUCCACCACAACUACCACUUAAUUGGAAGAAGAAAAGUAUUUUUUUUGAGUUGUCUUAUUGGAAAGAUAAUCUACUACGCCACAAUCUAGAUGUAAUGCAUAUAGAAAAGAAUGUGUGCGAAAGCAUUUAUCAUACAUUAUUGGAUAUGAAAGACAAAUCAAAGGAUAACAUCAAAGCCCGUCUAGAUUUGGUGGAAAUGAACAUUAGGCCAUCUUUACAUCCACAAAGGAUUGAGGGCAGCAACAAAAUCAUUCUACCUCCCGCAAGCCAUACAAUGUCUAAGAAAGAGAAAGAAUUGUUUUGCAAAGCUUUGGAGGGGUUGAAGUUCCCUGAAAGUUAUGCGGGAAAUAUAUCACGAUGUGUGAAUGUGAAUAAGAGGAAUAUUUCUGGAUUGAAAAGCCAUGAUUGCCAUGUUUUGAUGCAACAACUCCUUCCUUUGGCACUACGAGUACACCCAACCAAGAAUGUUCAGUUAGUGUUGCUUUCAUUGAGUUCGUUUUUUCGUGGGUUAUGUUCUAAAGUUGGUACAUCAGAAGAUUUUAACAAACUUGAAGAACGUAUUGCAGAAACACUAUGCCAUCUUGAGAGAAUCUUCCCACCUGCAUUCUUUGAUAUUAUGGUUCAUUUACUAAUUCACUUACCACGAGAGGCAGUGUUAGGUGGACCCGUACAGUACAGAUGGAUGUAUCCUUUCGAAAGGUUCAACAAGACUCUAAAGGACUAUAAGCGUAAUCAAAGUAAAAUAGAAGGGUCUAUUUCGGAAGGAUAUCUUGAUGAUGAAUGCCUCACAUUUUGUUCUAGUCACUUCGAAGGUAUUGAGACUAGGUGGACCCGCCCCAUAAGGAAUAUUGGUAGUGGGGAACAUCAAAUGGACAAGCAUUGGAUAUUCUCAUGCAUCGGUAGACCAUUGGGGCGUCCUAAGAUGAUACGAUUAGAGCCAAAGGAGAUAAGCCAAGCACAUCGAUAUGUGCUUCUCCAUUACGAUGCCAUCGAUACAUAUCGAGAACGUCACAAGGAAGAGCUUAUGAGGAGUUUAGGCAAUAGAAGUAGUCCCUACAGGGACAAGGUGCAUGCAGAAAAAUUUCCGGAGUGGUUCAGAUGUCAAGUGGACAUGCAACGCCAAAGCGGAGAAGUGGUUCCAGACAUUAUUAAAUGGUUGGCUAAUGGACCCUUUUCGGAUGCAAAAAAAUACACAGGUUAUAUAUAUAACGGCAUAAGGUAUCACGUAAAGGAUCGCGAAACCAAACGGCGAACGCAAAAUAGUGGGGUGUUAGUAACGGCAGAAAUUGAACUCUACUAUGGUGUGUUGAAGGAAGUAGUUGAGUUAGAGUAUUGCGGGGAUCUUAGAACAAUUUUAUUUCGAGUUGAUUGGGCAAAUACACAGAAUGGGGUGCUUAAAGAAGACAUCGGAUUUAGACGUGUGAACUUCAGUCAUUUGAUGCAUUCCGGUGAAAAUAUGCUUGAUGACCCUUUUGUCUUUCCAAGACAAACAGAGCAAGUGUUUUAUGUGUCAGACCCUUUAAAUGAGGGUUGGUGUCUUGUUGUAAAAGCUGACUUACGUGAUACAUUUGAUAUCAAUGGUGAUCUGACAGAGGAACAUCACCAACCUAUACAAAUGGGAGAAAGGGAUGAUGAUGAUGCUGAUCUUAACAUGACAAGAACUGACUUGGAUGGAAUAGUAGUUGACACCCCUAUUUGAACGGAAGUUUCCUUUUUCUUGCCUACAUUCUCUCUCCAUAAGUUUAUCAUGUCUUCUUAUGGUUUGACUGGUCAACAAUGGUUUUGAUUGAAGUAUAAGUCUUCCAGAAGGUUUUUUUUUUUUUUAAGUUUUCUGUUGUCCUUUAUUAUUUUCCUUACUGAACAAGUUAGUAUCUUUUAGUAUCUUUUAUUUUUAUUCUAUGUGUCUAGGUUGUAAUCUAUACUAGUUUAACAAGA